GGGUUACACGGCGAGCCGGCCAUGCAGCGACUCGUCGCUUUUCUGCUGUGCGCGACUGCCCUCGUCGGUGUCCCGUCGCAAGGUGCAAGUGCAGGCCCCCGGCUGAACAAUGGCCGGCUUUACCGAUUCCACUACAAUGUGGAGCUUGGCCUGAACCGACCCAGGGCAUCUGCCAGGGGGACUGCUGGCUUCCAGAUCUCCAGCGAUGUAGACAUCAGCCUGACCUGGAGGAACCCAGAGAACCAGGACGAGCAGCUGCUCCGUGUCCAGAUCUCAAAUGUUCAGCUGCAGAGUGCAGUUCAACGCUCGGGUAAGAACAACAUCUUCCAUGGUUCUACAACAGAGAGCAUUCUGGGUAGAGAAAAGCUGGAGGCACUGCAGAGACCCUUCAUGUUGCUCUGGAAGAUGGGCAAGGUGCGAAGCCUCUACACAUACAAGGUGGAACCUGUGACCAUCAAGAACCUUAAGAGGGGUGUGGCCAGUAUGCUAAUGAUGCAGCUCAAAUCUGGAAAGAUGGUGGAGGCUGAUGCUUCAGGAAAGUGCUUAGUUGAGUACAAGGCUACAAAAAAUCAGGUGAUCCGCACAAAACACAUGGAGAGCUGCAAAACCCAAGAGACAGGAUUCACUAGUCACAGCCAGGUUCUGGGUGUGAAUUGGAAGUCAAACGCAGUAACAGUUAUCACCCUGGAAGAUGGCUUCAUGAAAUCUGCUAUUGCCGAGGAACUGCACGUCCUAUCCAUCAACAGUCGCCAUUCAACCGCCACUAAGAUCCUGUCCAGGCAGUCUCUGUCCCUGUGGGAGGUGACCACAGGACCGGAGGAAGAAGCCGGGAAAGACGCCGUACGUGUGGUGAAGCAAGUGGAUGCAAAGCUCUUCUCUGUGGGCGUGGUCACGGAAAAGGGAAAGACACGGUGUAAAGGAUGCCCCUCCCUGGUGGACACAUGGAGAGCAGUGCGUGGUCACUUGGAGCCAGACUACCUGUCAAAGGCAUCAGCACCACGCAGCUUCCUGUCCCUGAUCCACAGUCUCCGCAACACCGCCAAGGCUGACAUCCUCAGAGUGCUUCGCAACUGCAGCAAGACAUCACUCCCUCAGCUGGUGGAUGCGGUCACCUCUGCUCAGACUCCUGCUUCUCUCUCGGCCAUGCUGGAGUUCCUGGACUUCCAUAAAGCGGACGGUGUGGUCCUGCAGGAGCGUUUCCUGUACGCCUGUGGCUUUUCCUCCCAUCCCACCGAGAGUAUGCUUCAGGCCCUACUGGAUAUCUCUAAAGGACCGAUUGCCAGUAUGGAGAUAAAGGAGUCUGUUGUGAUGAUCAUGGGAGCACUGGUCAGAAAACUGUGUCAAAAAGGAGGAUGUGACCUACCAGCAGUCGUUACGGUGCGGGAGCUACUCUUGGCUGGGCCAGAGAGCACACAGGACGAGGCGCAAGUGCAGAUGUAUCUGCUGGCUCUGAAGAAUGCCCUGCUUCCUGAGGCCGUGCCCCUGCUCGCCCGGUUCGCAGAGUCAGAGACAGGCACUUUCAGCACCACUGCCAUCACGGCACUGCAGAGAUAUGGCCCAGAAUUCAUCACGCCCGAGGUGAAACAGACUCUGAACCGAGUGUACCAUCAGAAUCGCAGAGUGUAUGAGAAGAGUGUGCGCUCGGCGGCGGCGGACAUGAUCCUGAGUGGCACGCCUUCAUACGCCGAGGUGAAGAACCUGCUGCUCUCCAUCGGUCACCUUCCCCAUGAGAUGAACAAGCACAUGCUCUCCAAAGUGGAGGACAUCCUGCGCUUCGACAUGCCUGCCAGUAAACUGGUGCGCAGAGUCCUGAAGGACAUGGUCGUUCACAACUAUGACCGUUUCUCAAAGGUCGGCUCUUCAUCUGCAUACUCUGGCUACAUGACACGCAGCACUGAUGUCACUUCCACCUACAGCUUGGACAUCCUGUACUCAGGCUCUGGAAUCCUCAGGAGGAGCAACAUGAACAUCUACGGCCAGAGCAACAGCGCCCUCUUACAUGGACUGCAGGUGGCCAUCGAAGCCCAGGGCCUGGAGUCUUUAAUCGCCGCCACAGCUGAUGAGGGAGAGAAGGACCUGGAAUCAUUUGCAGGAAUGUCAGCGAUCCUCCUGGACGUGCAGCUGCGCCCCGUGACCUUCUUCAAGGGUUACAGUGACCUGAUGGCCAAGAUGUUCUCCUUGUCAGGAGACCCCAUUAACGUGGUGAAGGGGCUCAUACUGCUGACAGACCACUCUCAGGCAAUCCCUCUGCAAUCCGGUCUGCGGGCCUCUGUUGAGUUCCAGGGCGGAUUGGCUGUUGAUAUCUCUGGAGGCAUGGAGUUUAGCCUGUGGUACAGGGAAUCCAAGACCAGUGUUAACAACAGGGGCGCCAUGGUGGUAGUGGGGAAUGUGACGGUGGAUACAGACUUCUUGAGUGUGGGGAUUGAGGUGAGCUUCGAGAUGGAGGCAGCGCUCGACUUCAUCACCACCGUGCAGUUCUCGGAGUACCCCUUCCUCGUCUGUAUGCAGAUGGACAAGAAAACCUUCCCGUUUAGGGAGGCCGUGUCUAAAGUGGAGAAGCUGUCCUUGGGAGAACCCUUCACCCGGCGGAGGAGCAGGGAGCAGCUGGUGCCUGGUUCAGAGUUCCCUCUCCAUCAGGAGAACUCCAACAUGUGCAGGAAGGUGUUUGAGAGUGAGUGGUAGAGCCAGGGGUUGGCAGAGCAGCUAAAGAGCUGCGCUGUACUGCCUCAGGGUCUCGGGGAGAGCAAACGUGGUUUCUUGCACACGCUGUGACUGUACUUUAACUUUUUUACUCUAAUUAAACAGCCUUUUUUUAUACACUAAACUGAGUGUGCUGCACUCUUCAGUGAGGUUAGGUUGGUUCUAUAUAUGUAUACUUUGAACUGAUAAAGAAAUAGCUCAACACAAAAAAAUGCUAGCAAGGCCAGCAGCGAGUUAAAGACUUCAGUAUGGUCGCAGUGGCGUAAUGUUUGACUAACGCUGCGAGCUAUUUUUGCUGUCUGUCUUGACAGGAUCAUUUUAGCUGAACAGUUCUUAUAACAAUAAAUAUUCAAGGCUUACUCUUUUAGGUCUCAGUGCCCCUAUGCAGACAUUAUACAAGUAUUGGUUGAUAGUGAAGUCAAGACACAUUAUUUUAAAUGUUCUGUUGAAACUUGAGCUGUCAUAACUGAUGUUAAAGUACGCAUUUGUGUCACGGCAGGUGUAAUAUCAUUCCGGUUAGCUGAAGCGCUGUGGGUUAUUUAUUUGAUCUGAUCACAACACAUCUCAGGCAAUGGGAAGAACAAGUUUCCAUGACAACAUACAAGAUGUUUACAUGUGCUGGGUGACAGUGCAGUCUUUUUUUUUUUUGUGAGAAGCAGAGAGAAAAUAAAUCAGCAUUUUAUAGGACAAUGGUGCUGUAAAUGGUAUUUUUCAUCUUUUUGUAUUGGUCGGUGUAAAUACCCCUCAGGGAUUAAUUUCUGUUGAUGGAAGAUGAAUAAAGUCAAUUUAAGUAAUUUUAGACAUUGGUCCAAUAUCCUGUUUCAUUCUUACUCACUUGCGUAGUGGGGCAUUAUAAUUAUUAGCUCACAUUUCCUAAUUAAAAACCAUUUUAUCAGUGUUUCACAAGGUUUCAAAGACACAGCCUGGCGUUAACGGUGAUAGCCGUUAGCUCCGUUAGCUACCUCUCGAGAAUAACAGCGCGUGGGACAGUGACACACCUGAUUCAACCCAUCAACACUGUUCAUGCUCUUAGCUGAACUGCACUUAGGAGCCCUAUAGGGCUGUAUAUUACUGACCAGUUGGGGGGCAUUUAUGUCUAUAAAAAUACUUGUCAUUGAAAAAUGUACGGUUAUGAACAAUUUCACCUAGUCUUGAAGCCCCAGCCCCCGAACCCUUCCGCCAUAUAUCGCCACAGAUUUAAUUGGGCUUUUUUUCUUCUUCUACAGAAUUGUUUUCCUUCUACAAAAUAUUUUAUCGAUAAAGUAAUUAAUGUUCAAAACAUAUUAGUAAGCUCCAUUACUUAAAAUAUAG